AUGAACAAAAAAGAAAGCCUUUCUAUAGAGGAGACAAAUGAAAUAAGGGAAAAGCUGGGUUUAAAACCUAUUCCAGUUCUUCAAGAGGAAAAUGCAGGCCGCAAAGAAUCUUUGUCAAUCCAAGAGACGAACGAAUUAAGGGCGUCCCUUGGCCUAAAACUUAUUCCACCUCAACAAAAUCAGAAUGUUUCUCCCCCAACUAUACAUACUACUGCCGAGGUCGACAUACUUAGAGAGAAGAUAACAAAGCUUCAAAAGGCUAACAUACCUUUACGAAUGCUGCACCUACUCGAAGAAACUGGUGUCAAUGAUGACAGUUCAUGGCUGGAAAACCUGAAUGCAAUUACUGCCCUGGAUGAAAGCAAAGCUUCCAGCAGGUUACUGCCACGUAAGGGUGCAACAAAAGAAGACGAAGAUAUUGAUCUGCAUAAUGUUGAAGUAUCCUAUAAUAUCGAGACCCUUAGCGCAAAGAAAGACACGAUCCUAACUUUAAAAGAAAGCAGUAUUUUUGAUGAGACUGAUUCUGUUGACGUAUUAGAGAAUGAAAAAGCUGCCGGGGAAAGCACUGAAAGAGAGGGACUACGAUUACGACAAAUGAAUAAAGAUAGAAGACAAAAAAAAAAAAUUUUAAAUGUAUCUAGCUUAGACAUUGAAGAAGAAGAGAAAGAGGAACAUUCGCUUGCGAAUACUCAUUUAAUUAUUGGAGCAGAGCAAGGGAUCGCGAAGGCACCAAAGGGCAUGAUUGCAAAACUACCAACAGGAAAAGUUAAGGUGAACUUCGAUGGCGCAAAUGAUAUUUUAGAUGAAGACGGUGGAGACUAUAAACCAUUAAAAAUAAAAAAACGCAGAAUCAAGGAUCCAAAAUCUACUAAAGCUAGGAAGUUAAAAAUUGCCCAUAAGAUGGAUGUUGUUAAGUUGGUGGAUGAAGAUGAAAGUUUUUCCUGGAUGAACGAAGAACAGCCAGUGACAAUAAUGAAUCCAAGGUCAAGUUCGAAGAACGAAUUAAAAGCCCCGGAGGACCUUGCCAUAGAAAUUGAAAAGACAAGAAAUGAAGAGAAGCGACGCACUGAAAACAUCCUGAAAAUGCGUGAGAAUUCCAAUAAUAUUAUCGUUGACGAAAAGGUAACUUUUUUGGAUACUUUGGAUAUGGGUCUCCCUGAAGGAAAUACUACUGCAAAUAAAUUGAAAGUGGAUGAUGAAGGAGAGAAAAAUGUCGGGGAUGUUACUGGCCAACAUUUUAAAGAAGCAAGUGGUAACAACAAACUUACUGAAUCGGUUAAUACUGAACCAAACAAUGAAGGGGAUAUUGAAGAUGCGCCAGACUUUUUCUCUGGUCUUGCAUCAGCACUAGGGUUUCUUCGGAAGAAGAGUGUUCUUACCCCAGGAAAUGCCGGUUUGAAAGCAGAAAAGGGUACUAAUGACAGCGAAUCACUCCGAAAGGGUGUCCGGAAUAAAGAGCCCACCGACACUACUAGUUACACAAAGGAUGGGCUACACGGACUGAAACAAUCCGAAGCCAGCAAUUCUCCAAAUAAUAUAUCAAGUAACCAGCGAAAAAGGCAAAGUCAUUAUGAUCCUGAAAUACAACUUGUUUACAGAGACGAAAAGGGAAAUCAACUGACUACUAAAGAGGCGUAUAAAAAAUUGUCACAGAAAUUUCAUGGCACAAAAAGCAACAAGAAAAAGAGAGCAAAAAUGCAAUCUAGAAUUGAGGCAAGGAAAAAUGCCUUUGAGAAUGAUAAUUUAUUCGAGUUUGAUAAUAGUUAA